GUUCUGCUUUGGUUACCUCCCCCGAGGCUCCUGUCGCCUGGGGGUGAAACUAUCCCGGGACAACCCCCUAGGGCAGCACCGCGGCCGCCCCGCCGGCUCCUCCGCGCACCCCUGCGGGCGGCCGGGUGUGAGUCCCGGUGUGAGCCCGGUGUGAGCCCCGUGUGAGCCCGGUGUGAGCCCGGUGUGAGCCCCGGGAGGCGCCGGGGCGGCCCCGGCCCCACCGCGCCCAGCCCAGCUCUUUGGACCGAGCUGUUAAUCGGUAACCGGGGCCGGGAAGCCGCGCGGCCGCGGGGCUGGAGAGCGAGUACGGAGGCCGGGCUGAUCCCAUCCGAGCCAGCGGUGGUUGCUCGCCGUGCUGUUUCUCUGAUGCACUGAAGCUGUGGCACUUCUGGAGAUGGAAGAAAGCCCCAUAACCCUGGCCAGCCUUGAGAAGGGCACGGAUAACCCGGCUUUCAGCCCCCUGGGAGAGAAGGGACUCUGUGAUGAAAGUGAUGGUCCACAUGGUGAAAGCAAGGAGGAGACGGGAGGAGAAGGGGAGCGGGCACCCUCCUCCCACCGCAGGAAGGUCCUGCAGUCGGUAUCCAAGGCACAGCGCUUCUGCAAGGCUCAUGCCAAGAUGUUGAGAAGGGUUGUCCUGGGGCUCCUUGGAGUAGCCUACCUGUGCUACUUCAUUGCGGCCUGUUGGCUCAACUUCCAGCGAGCCUUUGCCUUGGUUGUCAUGACUGCUGUGGUUGCCUUCUUCAUCUGCUGGAGCCUCUUCAAGAAGCACUGUGGGGCAAGGGUACUGCUGCUCCUCAGCCCCGUUGAGAAAUGCUUCCAGAAGUCCUGGCCGUGGCUGAAAUGGCUGCUGUGGGUGGCCCUUCUGGGAGGCCUGAUCGCGUGGUUGGCUUUGGACACCUCCAGACACCCAGAGCAGCUCAUCUCCUUAGCUGGAUUCGGCUUUUUGGUGCUGCUCCUGUUCGCCUGCUCCAAGCACCACUGCGCAGUGUCCUGGAGAGCUGUUUUCUGGGGCCUUGGCUUGGAGUUCUUGUUCGGACUCGUUGUCCUCCGAACAACCCCCGGUGUCCAAGCUUUCCAGUGGCUGGGUGACCAGAUCCAGGUCUUCCUGGGCUAUACCACAGCCGGCUCCAGCUUCGUCUUUGGGAACACGCUCAUUCAGGAUGUCUUUGCCUUCCAGGCUCUGCCCAUCAUUGUCUUCUUCAGUUGUGUGAUGUCCAUCCUCUACUACCUCGGCAUCAUGCAGUGGCUCAUUCUCAAGAUCUCCUGGAUCCUUCAGGUCUCGAUGGGCACCACUCCCACUGAGACCCUGAGCGUGGCAGGGAACAUCUUUGUGGGACAGACUGAGGCCCCGCUGCUCAUCCGCCCGUACCUUGCAGACAUGACCUACUCAGAAGUCCACGCUGUGAUGACCGGUGGCUUCUCCACCAUUGCGGGCAGCGUGAUGGGUGCCUAUAUCUCCUUUGGGAUAGACGCGGCGUCGCUGAUCGCAGCCUCCGUGAUGGCUGCGCCCUGCGCCCUUGCCAUGUCCAAGCUCGUCUACCCCGAGGUGGAGGAGUCCAAGUUUAAGGGCAAAGCCAGUGUCUACCUGGCCAGCGGGGAGGAGCGGAACAUCCUGGAAGCUGCCAGCAACGGGGCAGCCACCUCCGUGGCGCUUGUGGCCAACAUCGCGGCCAACCUCAUCGCCUUCUUGGCAGUGCUGGAGUUCAUCAACGCUGCCCUGAGCUGGUUUGGGGGGAUGGUGGACAUCGAGGGGCUCUCCUUCCAGGUGAUUUGCUCCUACAUCCUCAUGCCCGUGGCCUUUCUCAUGGGGGCAGACUGGGCAGACUCGCCGCUGGUGGCCGAGCUCCUGGGGAUCAAGAUCUUCCUGAACGAGUUUGUGGCAUACGAGCAGCUGGCCACGUACAAGAGGAAUCGUCUGUCGGGCCUGGAGGAGUGGGACGGGAGCCGCAAGCAGUGGAUAUCUGAGAGAGCUGAGGCCAUCGCUACCUUUGCGCUCUGUGGAUUCGCCAACCUCAGCUCCAUCGGGAUCAUGCUGGGGAGCCUGGGCUCCCUGGUGCCCGAGCGCAAGGGCGACUUCGCCUCCAUCGUGCUGCGAGCGCUGCUCACCGGCAUCUGCGUCUCCAUGCUCAACGCCUGCCUGGCAGGUCUCCUCCACGUGCCAACGGAGGUGGGCGACUGCGUGACCUUCCUCAGCACCACCAACUUCAGCUCCACCAGCUACACCACCUACACGUGCUGCCAGCAGCUCUUUGCCAGCGCGGUGCUCGUGAACGGGACGCUCUCCUUCGGCGGAGCCUGGGCCGGGCUGGCGCAGAGCGCGCCGUGCCUGGUGCAGUGCUGUGGGCGCUACAACCACACGUCCUGCAUGGGGACAGCCUAGGGACAGCUGCCUGCCCUGGGGACAACAGCCUGGCAGCACUGGGGUCCGCCAGGACCGGCCCAAAGGUGGAAAAAGCCCCGUCAGAGACCUGUGCGUCUGGUCUUCUCCGCUGCGGUGACGAUGGACAUCCCUGUUGCAACCAGCACCCCCAGGUGCCGGCCCUGCGGACACAGAGGAACUGCUCCCAAAUAAAUCAUGGAAAUCCCCA